GUGUGGCCGCGUGGAUAGUGCCCUGUCUUUACACUGUUUUAAUAAAAAUUCGCUUUCAUAAUCCUAACUGAAACUCUUGUGAUGUUUUGACUUGAUGAUUGGAACGGAACGCGAGUGUUCGAUAUAGUUUUUUUAGUGAUAUCAAAAAUUCUUCAAAGUGUUGGCCGUAAAAGAGGAAAUGAAGACGGAGCACCACACGUGCUGCGCGUGCGGCGAGGCGAUCGCGGACCGCUUCCUGCUGGAGGUGGGCGGCGGCACCUGGCACACGGGCUGCCUGCGUUGCUGCGUCUGUGCCGUCCAGCUCGACAGACACCCCUCCUGCUUCCUGCGCGACAGGCAGGUCUACUGCAAACAGGACUACGUGAAGACGUUCGGUGCUAAAUGCUCGAAGUGUUGUCGUGGUAUAUCUUCGUCGGACUGGGUGCGGAAGGCUCGGGAGCAAAUCUACCACCUCGCUUGCUUCGCCUGCGACGCGUGUGGCCGUCAACUGUCCACGGGGGAACAGUUCGCACUACAUGAAGACAGAGUACUCUGCAAGCCACAUUACCUUGAAACUCUUGAUGGUGGCUCUAUUUCUUCUGACGAUGGCUGUGAUUCAGAAGGUUACCACAAAAGUAAGGCUAAGCGAGUGCGGACGACAUUCACAGAGGAACAGCUACAAGUUCUCCAGGCAAACUUUCAAUUAGACUCGAAUCCAGACGGUCAAGAUCUGGAAAGGAUUGCACAGGUCACAGGACUGAGCAAGAGAGUGACACAAGUCUGGUUUCAGAACAGUCGAGCGAGACAGAAGAAACACCAACACACGGGAAAAGGAAAACAAAAUCAACUGAUGUCCCGAGAUGCAGAUCCGGCGGGGUUUGGGCGGCCCAUCAACCUCCACCUCACGUAUUCUUUCCAGAACAAACCGCCGUUUGUCCCAAUAGACGGCACUUCUUUCACGGACUCUUCAAUGGAUGAGCUCUCCGAAGAUUCGUCUAUCCAUUGCAUGCAGAGUGAAGUUUGAAUAUUCUAAACUAAACGAAGCUUCUCGGCGUUAUUCCUGUCGAUACACCGCUGGCGCAACGAUUCAAAGUUGGUGUUGCUCUUCGACAUGAGAGAUCGUAAAAGUCGCCUGCUCUGCGCCGUCCCCAGUCAGUCCAUCGCUUGUAGUUCCCGCAGGAGCACCUCGACGGCUUAUCGCCAGCGGUAUCCCCGUAGAUAUUCAAAGAAUAUGUAGGUCUUAAUAAUUCUAUAUCAGCUUUACGUGUAGUUCAGAUAUUAUGGAAAAACUAAUUGUUAAAUGGGAAACUAUUGAACUAAGCUUAUAUUCCGAUUGAUAAGGAUCUUAAAAUUGAUUUACUGUAAAUUUUCUUCUUCUGAAAAACUCAUAUUAAAACAUACAGUUGCCUUUGUUUGUACAAAGUAAAAAAGAGCGGGAUGACUAUAUGUUUUAAGCAAGUAUUUCGAAAGUGGAAAACCACAGUGCGAUGUUAACGUCGACAGAUUAAUAAAAUAAAGAAUUAGUGCUUCUCAAAAGUUAUUCUUGUCGAAUAACAUAGAUUUUGUUCGGUUGUGUUUAUUGCCUUCGUAUAUUUCGAAGUGUAUAUACAUCAAAAGUUUGUAAAUGUUUACAUAAUAUAAAUUAAUAUAUUUGCUGAUAGAUAAAUACUUUAUCGUAUUAUUGACUACAGUUUGCUCAUAAUUCAUACAACAUUGUAUCGAAGAGUUAUUGUAAUUGACUUAUUAUUAUACAUUGUUGAAUAAUUGAACAUAGAUCUUGUUCAUUCGAUCAACAAUAAAUGCA